UCCGCCUUCAGCUGACCAAGGCUUUGGAAGAACUGCCAGUGCUAGCUUGUCCUUGGACACCCAGACACUGCCACCUCACCCUGUGUACUCCACAGGGCUCCUCUGAUGAUGACAAACAAAGAGAGCAUCCUUUGAAUCCCGGUCCCCAUGGCAUCCAAAGACAAAGCUGUGGUGUCCUUGCCAGUUUCUCCCUGGGAUGCCAUUCUUAAGGCUGCCAAAGACCAACUGCCGUCCUUGGACUCAGACUCCUCCCUGUCUGACUGUGAGGAAGAAGAGCCCUUCAUCUUCCAGCGAAACCAGCCUUUCCUGAUUCCAGACCUGGCUGAGGACCUGGAUGAAGACCCUGUUGGUGUUGAUGAGUUUGGAACCUGGGUUUCUGUAGAGAGGAGUUCUUCAUCUGAGCCACUUCUGCUUCCUGGGAGACUAGCCAUAGAACCCAGAAGUGAAGAGAGAGUAAAACAGAAGGACUUGGCUCCUCAGGAAAGAAGAGGCCCUGGCUGGUCUUGCCAGAGCUGUGUUGAGAGUAGCCCUAUUCUCGUGGAUGCUGAGGAGGUACCCCCGAGGCUGGAAGGCAACCUUAGAAGCCCGUCUAACCCCAGCAGAUCCCAGAGCCCUCCAUGGCACUCCCAGGGAGAAGAAGCCACCUUUCCUCUGGAAGGAGAGCUGAAGAUGGAGCCCCCAGACACUGAUGUUAGAGACUCUGAGAAGCGCAGAGCCCUCCGCAGGGAGAGGAGGAAGAUGAUAGAGAGAGAGAUCCUUCAGAAAGUGACCCGGGCUACCCAGAGCCCAGCCUGUGGGGACCAACACCAGGCUGCAGAGUCAGGACCCUGGCCAGAAGCAGCCUCAAAGCAGUGUCAGGAAAGAUGGCCAGUGCUCUCACUCCAACAUCUUGAAGGCUGGGAUUUGGAUUACAUCCUUCAGAGUCUGCCAGGGCAACAAGACAGCCGGGGUGACAGUGCGUGUAGAACUGCAUGGUGGUUAGCUGACCGCUGGCAAAACCAAGGGCUCACCACUGGACUUUCCCAGGACACAUUGCUGGAGCAGCUGUCCCUCCUGGGUGCCACUCAGUCCAGAGUCUGCAACCCUACCUGGAAGAUAUCUGCUGACAAGCUCCAAUACACAGACGGGCAAGAGGCCAGAAGCAGAAGUGCUUCAGCAAAGCCCGGCUUCCAAACUGAGCCAGUCCUGAAGCCGAAGACAGAGCCUCCCACCAUCUUCAUUGACCUGCGCCAGACAGAGCCAUCAGAACCACAAGCACGGCAGUCCCAGGAGAGCUCUGAACAUAGCUCUUCUGACAGUGAGGAGGAGGAGGAAGAAGAGGAAGAGGAGACAGCAGGCUCAGUGGCAUCUUCCAGGGAAAGAAGGGACUGUACUGGGAAGAGCCAGCUUCUCCAGCAGCUGAGGGCAUUUCGGAAGGCGACUGUUCCAUCCCAGCUGUCUGCCAGUGACAGUCCUGGUGACCAGAAGGCUCCGGCUGCAGGAGAUACAGCUGAAUCACAAACUGGGAGGAAGAAACCCAUAAAACUCUGGGCUGAGGAGCAGAAUGCCCUGGAUCUAAGGGACCCUCUCAGGACAUAG